AUGGCCGACAGGACCUCACGACAGGCGCCACCGCCGGGCGCCCCGCGGCGGCAGGUCCGGAGGAACCUCUUCCAGGGCCUGACGAGGCGGCCGACGGGCCCCACGGGGGCGUCUGCGGCUGCGACAACGACGAGCGCCGGCGGUGCGGGGGGCAUCGUCUCCGCGGCGGCCGCGGGCGCGGGCAGCGGUAACGGGAUGGCGGUGGCAACGGGGGGCGGGUCAUCGUCGGGGGCCUCGGCCGAGACGCUACGCCUCGACGUCGACGUGCUAUCGGACGGUGGUGGCGCGCCUGUGGAGAUUGUCGUGCGCGACGAGCACGGCGAGGUCGAGCUGGGCGAGCUGCCAACGCUGGUGUUUGAUGAGGCUGACGAGGUGGCGGCGACGGACGACCGGGAGGAGAGCAACAAAGAGCGCCAGAGGCUUGCAGAGGCGGUGAAGCAGCAUCAGGUCAACCACACUGCGAUUCGUGAGCAGCCCGAAGAGCUGCUCGAAGCUGUCAGAGUCAGUCUCCGGGCCAAGGUGGCGGCUCUCGCAGAAGACAACUGGAUGUACGAGGCCGAGCCGGAGCUGCCCCGUGCCUUCUGA